CCAAAGCCCCGAGAGGCGGAAGAACCAGAGCUCAGCAUCUGGCUCCUGUUCAAACGCUCACCGAGCAGGCUCCAGGCAGCUUUGGGUCAUUCUGAGCCCAUUCUGCCUGGCAGGGAAUGCAGGGGCAAGCACCCGUCACCACCUGCGGGCCGGGGGCGGGGCGGGCCACACACGCUGAGGGACGUGGAGGCUGGGGAAAAGCCAGGAGUUAGAAAAAUGUGACCCCGCGACCCCGAACGCCGAAAGCUGCUAGGCUCUUUUGCCUGCGCUCCACCUGCUCGUCAGCGCCCAGCUGCUAGCCGGCCAUGGCCAGCCCUGCGCCCUUAGUGGCUUCCAUCAGCCACCAAAUGGUGGCUCUGCAGACCCUGCAGCUACUACAGCAGGAGUGGGGCUGGGGCGACGGUCCUAGUGCCCCAGGGAGCCCGCGCAGCCCGGACCACGUGCCUAUCGCCCAGGCUCGUCGCUCAGGCCAGAUGCGGACCCGGCGGGGGUUGGGGCGCGGGAGCACGGGAGCGCGGGGCUCCCCCGAGGCAGGCGAGCUGCGGGGUGCAGAGGGGGGCGCGGAGCUGCUGCCUUUUCCCCGGGACCGCGGGCCCUGUACCUUGGCGCGGAUGGCGAUGCGCAGCGCUUUGGCUCGCGUGGUGGACUCGACCUCGGAGCUGGUCAGCGUAGAGCAGACUCUGCUUGGGCCUCUCCAGCAGGAGCGGCCCUUCCCCAUUCACCUGAAGGAUAGCGUGGAAUUUAGAAACAUCUGCAGUCACUUGGCUCUGCAAAUUGAAGGACAGCAGUUUGACAGAGACUUGAAUGCCGCCCACCAGUGUCUGAAAACUAUAGUGAAGAAGCUGAUCCAGUCACUUGCCAAUCUCCCGUCAGAUGCCCAUGUGGUUGCCUGCGCUUCCUUGAGACAGAUCUUACAGAAUCUCCCAGAUGUAUGAGCACGAGAGACAGCCAGACUACAGCUGGCCCUGCCAAGAAAACAGAAUCCUUCACCUUCUAAAUGAUCAGCAGCGAUGGCUGUUAGUGUUCCCAAAAGGACUUGAUGUUCAUGUCUGCGUCUGACCAAGAGCACUUUUAGCCUUCAGCAUGGUAGCAUGUAGUGCACACAUUCUUAAAGUUACAGUGUAUAUUUUUAGAGUACACUUACUGCUGACUUUCUGAAGUAUAUUUCUUUGUGGAGCUAAUUGGAUUAUAUAUGUACAUAUUUAUUAGCCAGCUUAAGCCUUGGUUUUGAAUGAUACUUGAAUUCUAUAUUUGUAUUAUUGUCAGCUAUAAGGCUGACUAGGGACAUGCACAGUAGAAACUAUGGCUCUUCAUGGGAUCUUGAGUAAAUGGGACACUUAGUAACUGACACAGUCUGUUUUCUGGACACGUAGACAGUGACAGUGAUCUUUAGUUGUAGAACUAUAGGUGUCAGUCAUUGUGAGCCCAGCCCUAUCAUUAGUAAUUUACCACUGGGCAGGGAGAGCUGCUUCUAAACCUUGCACUUUCAUAUACUGCUCUGUACAUUUAAAAUGAUAAUGCACUACGGGGUACCAAGCAGACAUGAUAUGCAAAUACAAAUACAUACUAUUAAAGUCUCAAUGUGGAACCGUCUA